AUGGAGCAAGAGGAUGAGUACCGAUUCGUGUACUACAACCACACGAAUCAUGCGCUAAGACUCUCCAAUCAGGCGAGCAUCUCCAGGUCCUUGCUGGGCUCGCGGGUCACAGCCAAGGGCCCCAAGCCGGCGGAGAAGCCGCUGCUGGCGCCCAUGCACGCCACCCUGGCCGAUCCCAAGCUCAAGUGCCGCGAGGUGUCCUGGAAGUCUGCGGAGCGUGGCUGGGUUUGUGCCAAGAGGUGGUGCGAGCGCGAGUUCUACUUGCUGCUCGAUGGUACAAGCACCUCGUUGUCCCGCUGCCAGGAAGAAUGCGCAAGGUUCGCGUCCAUCCAUUUCAGCAGCAUCUUUAUGAUGUGA